AUGGAAAAUCUGGACAAUGACGGAUUAGGUGAGAUGUGUAUGAGAAUAAAGAGAGAUGCGAUUGAAAGCAGGGCGCUGUGUAGUGUCCUGAACGACAUGCGCUUGGACGGGUCACUGUGUGACGCCGUGCUCAGAGUGGACGAGGUGGACUUCAAGGUCCACAAGACCAUCCUCUCGGGGUACAGCCCGUUUUUCAGAGAUCUGUUUACUAGCUUGAGCAGUCUGGAUCAAAGAGUGUACAACAUCACUGGUAUAUCGCCAGAAAUCAUGGCUCUUAUAAUCCACUACAUGUACACGCAGGACAUCCAAGCCACCACUGAUGAAGUGGAGACUCUCCUGGCCAUGGCCAAUUGCCUGCUCAUCCAAGACCUUGCAAGGAGCUGCUGUGAAUUCCUACAGGAAAAUCUCAGCCCGGAUAACUGCCUAAGAAUUUGGCAGUAUGCUGAUGCUCACUUGUAUUACGAGCUGCGGGAUAAGGCCUACAAGUAUGUGCUGUAUCACUUCGAAGAUGUUGUUUAUUCACCGUCCGGAAAGCUCUUGGACCUGACCGUGGAGCAGCUCUGUGACCUCCUGGGGAAGGAUGAGCUGAAUAUCAAGGAGGAGAAAACAGCUUUCGAAGCUAUAAUCCUGUGGGUUAGGCAUGAACCCAGCGUCCGAAAGCAGCACAUCGUGAACCUGUUGCCAAAGGUGCGGCUGGCUCUGGUGUCUCCGGAAUACUUCCUGGAAAAUAUAAAGAAAAACCAGGAGGUCAGCAGUGUGCGGGAGUGUCAGCCCAUCAUCUUUCACGCCAUGAAGGCCAUGUACUACUCCAACAUGGCAAAACCCAACACCAGACUCUUGGAUCCUUUUACCCGCCCACGUCUCCCGUAUUCCAUCUUGUUCGCCAUCGGUGGCUUCAGUAACGCAUCUCCUACGAACAUCGUGGAAACCUAUGACUCGAGGCUGGACAGCUGGAUGCGCAUCUCCAGCACAGAAAAGCGAGCUCGAGCGUAUCAUGGCACAGCGUUCCUGGACGGUUUCGUGUACAUCAUUGGUGGCUUUGACAUUACAGAAUACUUCAACACCACAUGCAAGUUCAAUCCCCUGGAUGGAACGUGGAUUAAGGGAGCACCCAUGCACUCACAUCGCUGCUAUGUUAGUGUGGCCGUGCUGGACGGAUACAUCUACGCCAUGGGAGGGUUCAACGGCAACGUGAGGCUUAACACGGCCGAGCGUUAUCAACCAAGCACCAACCAGUGGAGCCUCAUCCCGUCCAUGCACGAGCAGCGAAGCGACGCCAGCGCUGCCACUUUGAAUGGCAAGAUCUACAUCUGUGGAGGCUUCAAUGGAAGCGAGUGUCUUUUCACAGCUGAGUGUUUUGACCCUCAGCAUGAUCAGUGGACGCUGAUCGAGUCGAUGCACAUGCGCCGGAGUGGUGUAGGCGUCGCUGUGCUGAACAACCAAGUGUUUGCUAUCGGAGGUUAUGAUGGAGUCAGUCGUUUGCAGAGCAUCGAGGCCUUUAACCCUCGUACCAACUCCUGGAGGAUUCUUUCCCCCAUGUUUAACCCACGCAGCAACUUUGGUAUCGAGGUGAUGGACGGUCACUUGUACGUGAUUGGUGGCUACAUCGGUGAAGGCACCACCUCCAGAUGCGAGUACUAUGAUGAGUAUAAAGACGAGUGGUUUGAUGUCCAGAACAUGAACAUUAACCGCAGUGCAGUAAGCUGUUGUGUGGUUUCUGGACUUCCCAACGUCUCCGACUACACCUUUGAACGCGAGCGUUUUCUCUAG